UCCUUUUAGUUCCACAACACGCAUGUAACUGAGCUUUCUGACAACUUUUGGUGACAUGAGUGCAGACAACAGUGAAGGAAAUGUUUGUGUGCCUCUAAGAAACCUGCUGAACUCCAUCCAGUGUAUCAGAGACCGAGUCAGAGAUGGAGAGUCCAAUGAGUCGGACGGAGCGUUUAACCUCUCCAACUUCUGGGACACUCUGAACCAGGCAGUGAAGGCGGUGUCUCAGGAAGCCACGAAACUCAGCCUGGCCUUCUCCAAACCGCCGCUGCCAUCACAACAGGAUGGAGAGAAGUUGACGGAGUCCAUCAUGAAGAGCGUCCUGACUCUUUCUACAGUGUAUUACUGGCUACCUAAGAGCCAAGGUGUCAGUCUGCGUAGACAGGUCAGAGAUGCCACCGUCGAGGUUUUGGAGGGGGUCGCACAGCUGGUGGAGGUCAUACUGAGCACACCGCUGCAGAGUCUGACUCAGGAGCAACUGACAUCAACAGGAGGUGUGUGGUCAGCCUGCGACCAGUUCGAGCAGUUGCCACGAGAUAAUAAAGCAGCAGUGUUGGUAGUUCUGGCCGAGCAGAUCGGAGUCGUGAAGGACGCCAUAGAGGAAAUAGAACAGGCGUUAUCUGAGCCUCAGGAUCCGUUCAACGACAUCCUCGACGAUGACGAGGAUGGAGAGGAGCCUCGUGGCAACCAAGACACGUAUUGGUCGGAGAAGGACCGGCGCGUGAUUGGUCCGUGUCAGGGGCUGAUGAAGGCGUCGGCAGCGUGCCUCAGGAAGCUGACGUCGGCCGUCAGAGCGAACGGUGACGUCACAACGUCUCAAAAUGUGGCCCAGCUGGACGACCUGGCUGACAUCAGCAAGGAUAUUAGCCCUGGUGUUGAUGAUCUGGCGCUCUGUCUCUACCCGCCCAUGGACUACAGCGGAGUAGAGAGCAACGUGUCUAAAUUGGCAGUACUGUUAAAGAAAGUUCUGGGGAUCAUCCGGUCCAGUCACGUUUGUGGGGAAUCGGAGCUGACCUGGGUUCAGUUCUUAGAAGGAGCGGUCGAACACAACCUGCAGAAAGCCAAAGACCUUAUUCAGCAGGACAGCUAGUGUGUGUGUGUGUGUGUGUGUGUGUGUGUGUGUGUGUGUGUGUGUGUGUGUGUGUGUGUGUGUGUGUGUGUGUGUGUGUGUGUGUGUGUGUGUGUGUAUGUGUGUUAUUAAAAGUGUUUAUUUUGUGUGCUUUUAUGUGCCAGUGAAUGAAUGGUGAGUGUG